CAUUCCCCGCUUUUCCUAGCAGUCCCUCUUGGUAGCAAGCGGUUAAGGAGUGAGCCGCUUCGGCUCUCUGUAACAGUCUUAUUAUAUUUAUAUGCACAUUUCCUUACUGGUGUUUAUGAGGAGCAACAAGUAUACGCCAAAACUCGAUUAGGUACACUCCACAGUUGAUGCUCACUUAAACGCCAUGGCAACAGAAGACAAGAAACCAGAGACUGACACAAAACCUCCAGUGGCGCCGUCAGCAUCCGCCAGCCAGAGCAAGUCAGCCCCUGCCAAGCCCAACUACAGCCUGAAGUUCACACUAGCAGGCCACACUAAAGCCGUCUCCUCUGUCAAGUUCAGUCCCAGUGGAGAGUGGCUUGCCAGCUCCUCCGCUGAUAAACUCAUCAAAAUCUGGGGCGCAUACGACGGCAAGUUUGAGAAAACCAUAUCGGGACACAAACUUGGCAUAUCCGACGUAGCGUGGUCAUCUGACUCCAACCUCCUGGUGUCCGCGUCUGAUGACAAGACCUUGAAGAUCUGGGAUGUCAGCUCGGGAAAAUGCCUGAAGACCCUGAAAGGUCAUAGCAACUACGUGUUCUGCUGCAACUUUAACCCGCAGUCCAAUCUGAUCGUGUCAGGAUCGUUUGACGAGAGUGUCCGAAUAUGGGACGUAAAAACUGGGAAGUGCUUGAAAACGUUGCCAGCUCAUUCAGACCCCGUCUCUGCUGUACAUUUCAACAGAGAUGGCUCCCUGAUUGUGUCGAGCAGCUAUGAUGGACUUUGCCGAAUUUGGGACACAGCAUCUGGGCAGUGCUUAAAAACUCUCAUAGAUGAUGACAACCCUCCUGUGUCGUUUGUAAAGUUUUCUCCCAAUGGGAAAUACAUCCUGGCUGCAACGCUGGAUAACACUCUGAAGCUGUGGGACUACAGCAAGGGAAAGUGCUUGAAGACGUACACAGGCCAUAAAAAUGAGAAGUACUGCAUAUUUGCCAACUUCUCAGUCACGGGUGGCAAGUGGAUCGUGUCAGGCUCCGAGGAUAACAUGGUGUACAUCUGGAACCUGCAGACGAAGGAGAUUGUGCAGAAGCUGCAGGGUCACACAGACGUGGUCAUUUCGACCGCCUGCCACCCGACAGAGAACAUCAUCGCGUCGGCAGCGCUAGAAAACGACAAAACCAUCAAACUUUGGAAAAGUGAUUGCUAAAAGCCUGACAUUCACGUUUCUUCUUUUUAAACACUUAUUUUCUAUUUUUUAUAAAACAAUAAAAAGGAGGUUUUUGUUUUUUUUUGACUGGUGAUCUUGUGCUGGAUGCUGACGUUCCAUGGAAUUAACUUCAUUCAGCGAUGAUGCAACUCACCUUCAUAUUAACACAUUCAUUCCUUCUGGUUUUGUGUCCCCACCGUCAGCCCACCUCCAUUACACACAACUCAAGUGUUGUUUAGUUCAGCAAAUGGAUGACUUGUUUAACAAACUUUCAUAUGACAUCACAACAUGUUGGACAUGACAAUUCAAUUAUGGUCUUGUACAAAAAAACUAAUGGUUGCUACUUUUGCCUUUUAUGUCAGUGUAAUCGUGUGGUGAUGUCCAAAUGAUGUCAGGCUUGUUUUUUUUUCUAAUAAACAAGGAACCCAUGGAA